UUGUCGCAUGGAAUACGUCCGUAAAUGGCUAACCAAAAAAACGGAUUUAACGCAACGUUAUAACAUAAAAUUAUUUGAAACGCAACGAUUCGUUAAUAAAUGUAAACGGCGUUAAGUGCAGCACGACGAAAUAAAUUUUUGCAGUUAAAUAUUUUUUUGUGUGAAAAAAUAUAUUUAUAGAAUCGACAAAAAAGAAAAAAAAUCAAAGCUCUUACCCAUACUACAACUAAACCAAAAAGCCAAGCCAAAUAAUCUAAAAUGACGGUGAUAAAAAUUCGGCCAACCACUGGCAGUAUGAAUGUGGAUACACCAACAACGCCCAAGGAUGAAAACGAAGCGUUAUCAAAAGGAAGUUGUUGCCUGGGUAUGGGCAUUCGUCAUUUUGAAGCCUUCCUCAUGUUCCUCGGCCUCUCUGUUGCCUAUUCGUUGCGUGUCAACUUAUCGGUGGCCAUUGUUGCUAUGACUGACAAAGAAUCCGCCAAUCCAGAUUUCGAGGAGUUCAGCUGGAAUGAAAAGACAAAAUCCGUUUUACUCAGCAGUUUCUUCUGGGGCUAUAUCAUAACACAGGUGCCGGGUGGAGCUUUAGCGCGCAAAUUUGGCGGUAAAACUACGCUGCUCUUUGGCGUUCUUAUCUGUUCCAUACUGGCUGUACUCACACCCAUUUUCGCUAGGAUUGGCGAUUGGCAGUUAGUAUGCGCACUUCGUGUUGCACAGGGUCUCUGUCAGGGCAUGGUCUUUCCAUCGACGCACACACUACUAUCGCAAUGGGCUCCCAUCGAGGAUCGUGGUCACUUUACCACCUAUUGUUACUCGGGCGCGCAAUUCGGUACGGUAGUUAUGAUAGCGACAAGCGGUGUGCUCGCUUCCUCAUCGAUGGGUUGGCCAAGCAUCUAUUACUUUUCGGGUGGCAUUGGCAUUGUAUGGGCUGUAAUUUGGUUCUUUUGGGGUGCCGGUUCCCCAGCGGAUUCUAAAUUGAUUUCCCCCGAAGAAAAGAAAUUCAUCGAACAAUCGAUUGGCAACAGCAGCAGCGAUGAUCAUAGUGUGCCGGCCAGUGUGCCAUGGUUGAAAUUCUUCGCAUCGCCCGCGUUUUUGGUACUGAUUUUGGUGCACAGCACACAUAACUGGGGCUUCUGGACGCUGCUUACCGAAAUUCCCACCUACAUGAAGAAUGUUUUCGGCAUGGAUAUCAAACACAAUGCGCUACUUUCGGCUUUACCUUAUCUGGCUAUGUUCAUCAUGUGUUUUGUCUUCUCGGCCAUCUCAUCGGUGCUCGAUCGCAACCAAUGCAUACCACUUUCCAUCAGUCGAAAACUUUUCAAUUCGAUCGGUCAUUGGAUACCAAUGAUAUCGCUCAUUGGCUUGGGUUAUGUCAGUGCCGAUCAAACCUCACUGGCAAUUGGGCUGCUUACGAUCACAGUUGGUAUCAACGCGUCCACCUACUUGGGCUUCCAGGUCAAUCAUAUUGAUCUAUCACCUAACUUUGCCGGCGUACUAAUGGGCAUCACCAAUUGCGCGGCAAAUAUUAUGAGUAUUAUAGCGCCGUUGAUUGUUGGCUACAUCGUUACCGAAGAGGAAAAUCCGGAACAAUGGCGAAUAAUUUUCUUCAUUGCUAGCGGUUUCUACUUCAUCGGUAACUUGAUGUUUGUCAUAUUUGGUCGCACCACAGUGCAGCCAUGGAACGAUCCGCAACCCCUUCCCUCAACGAAAAAGCGCAAUUCCACGCAGCUGGAGUCACAGCAUUAGAUACGUUGGCGCUACACUAGCGUUUAGUUUUGCUUGAUUUUGUUUUAUUUUUACUUUUUCAUUAGGGCAAUUCGUCGAAACACGCAAAUGCCUCGUAACCACGUAAACCUCGUAGACUUAACUAAUUUUGUAUAGAAAACCGGUUUAUUUGCGAGUUCUAUGCAUUUGCGAGGCAUUUACGCGUUUAGAUGAAAACCCAUAUUUUAAUUUUUUUUUUGUUCAUACCGCUGUGGUAUAUUGUUAUUUCCUUGUCUGCAUUUGUCUGUGUGUAAAUUAAGAUAUUAAAAAAUAUCGACUCUAUAGCAUAUACUUCGUAAAGUAGGAUUAAAUUAUCUACUAAAAUUAUGUAUCAUAAUUUAGAAGUGUGAUUGAACCAAGAACUAUGCAGCUUAAGCUUAAUUUUAAAAGUAAACGAAAGAAAAAACAAAGAAAUAAAAAAUCUAAUAACUGAGUUAGACUUAUUAUGCUUAUUUCGCGAAUGUUGAGCGGUAAAAGUGGAUAAUUUGGAAGAAUUAAGACAAAUUUACAUAAUAAAGUGGAACAAAAGUAGAGCGAAUUCUUUUUGGGUUUCGCUUAGAAGAA